AUGAGCCAUGUGGUGACUAUUGAGGAGCCCCAGGCCAACCCGCAGGUGUCUCAGACCCGGUGCGGGGUGAGGUCGGGGGCCUGGGGCAACGUCUCCUCCAAUCGACAGUAUGAUUUUCUGUACGAUCCAUUGUUUAUUGUGUCAAGUGAGAAAGACCACACGCAGGCAAAUAUCCAAGCUAACCUGAUUCGAAACAGACUGAGAAAAGUUCCCAGGUUUAGAAGCAUGUUCAGUAACUUGAUCCAUUAUCCAAGAUAUUCUCUGUAUCGGAGCAGGGCAGACCCUGUUCCACCAUUCAUCUGCCGGGAAUGGGAAGGACAGGAGGGGAAACACAGAGAAGCCCUCGGGCAGUUUGCCAUAACUGAUAAGUCUUUUCAGAUGGCUAAAGAGGCUUAUGAAGAUCCUGAAAUUACUGGAAGGAAUCGCUAUAAAUAUUUUGAUAGGCCUUUCCUUCCAUUUCAUCAACAGAUGCCAUUCAGUGUUGUUUUUGCAGCAACCAAGACAGAGGCAUAUAUUUUCCCUCCUACUUCUGCUAAGUACCCUUCCGUACCUUCAAAGUACACUGUGGGUACUCAGACUGAUUAUCGGGAUGCUGAAGUUCAAACUGAUCCAUAUUCUCCAGAAUAUGUAGUAUGUCAGGAUUCAAUCCCUGAGCUCUUGACCCUGGCUACUCUUACUUGGGGUCGAGGGCUCCCGGCAGGACAAGCUGAGGUUGAGAUGAUAGAACAUGCCCGGGAGAAGCGUGCUUGGGAAGCCACUCUCCCCUGUCUGAGGGACACCUCCCAGUUUGAGAAGAGGAGGAGGAUGAUGAAUGCGAUGGAGAGGAAGGAGUGGGCCUUCAGAGAGCAGGAGAUUGAAAGACUGCAGGAGAUUCGCCUGGAAAUUCUAAAAAAGCUGCUGAGAAAGCGUGAUGAGAAUCAAAACGAAGUGAACAUGAAGCACCUGAAUGUCCGAUGGUGUCAAUUACAAGAAGAAAAGGAGGCAAAAUUGGCACGGAUUCAGCACACACAUGUAUCAGCAAUCAGAAAACUUGUGGGAAAGGGAAAGAAUAUAGAAGGGAAGUUGGAGAGAAGGAAUAUCGUCAGGGAUUAUUGUGAUUAUGCAUCACAGGUCUAUGGACCUCUGUCUCGUCUUGGUCGUUUCCCUGACAACAAUUCAGAGGACUUUGUGGUAAAAAACCACUAUCUCAACACCUAUGAAGGAUUAGUUGAACUUGAGUCAUGUCUCCCAGAUUUUGUGACACAACCCCGAAUCAGACCUCCAAAGCCAAAAGUCGCUACCACGAAAGCUGGUUUUCUCAAGAGGGCAGCAAGGAUAGACCAUGAGUUGGCAGAGGUUCAUAAGGCAAUAUUGGAUAAGAAGAAUAGAGUUCUUGAACCAAAGAAAGUUCUGCGCUUUCUUCAAAGAAAGGCUCUACCUCAACCUCGGCUUCCAACUCCAGCCUUGGAAAUGAGUUCCAAUGAAGAAGAAGAUACAGAGAUGGCUGUGAUCUACCUUCAAAAGUUACUCCGGGGAAGAGUCGUUCAGAACACGAUGUUUGAAGGGAAGGAGAAGCGACUGGAGUUGAUCCAGGAGCUGCGCACCAGCCACGCACUGCAAGAGGAUGACAGGCUGCUGAAGAAAGCCGAGAAGCAAGUGACUCUGGCCUUACAGCGGCAGAGGAACUUGCAUGAGCACAAGGUCUCACUGGUUGAAAACCAUUUGGCUGGACUGGAAGGAAGGGCGCUGGCGGACAUGUUUGACUUCCUGUCCAAAGAGCUGGUGAGACUGCAGGAAGAGAGGAGGAUCCAUGCUUUUGCCAUGCUGGCCGAGCGGCAGCGGAGGAUGCGAGAAGCUGAAGAGAGUGGUCGGCGCCAAGUCGAGCAAAGGCGCCUGCGGGAGGAGGACCAGAUAUUUAAGGAGGUGAUUAAAGUUCACCAAAGUACUGUAACUUCCUAUCUGGAAGACAUAAUACUGAAUACUGAAGAGAGCACGGCAGAAGAACAAGCCAGGGCAGAAAUUGAGAAGAUGGCUGAGGAAAUCAAUGACAUUGCUUAUGAAAUGGAAAGCCGUCGAACUCAGCUACAGUCAGAGGAGAUUGUUGCUGAGUUGGUUUAUAGUUUCUUGAUCCCAGAGGUACAAAAGGACUUUGUCAAAGAAAAAGUGAGAAACGCCCAGCGGAAGCAUAUCCUUGCAGCCCAUCAGAUCAUCCACAGCCACACAGAAGACAUGGUCAAUAAGAAUUCUGUGGCGCAACAGCAAGAUGAGGAGGUCUCGGACACUGACAAGUCACCUGAGGAAAAAACUCAAAAAUAAGAAUCGCAGCUAAGCAUAAUAGCC